AUGCCUACAGAACUGCCGUACGCCGCGGACGCGGAAGAGUCGCUCUCCUUCGACGAGCUUGAGGUCCUGAAGCUACAGUACCAGAAGGAGGUUGCACAAUCGCAUGUUACGGUCCAGACGAAGUUCAACUAUGCAUGGGGUCUGGUGAAGAGCCCACAGGCUGAGCACCAGGUAGAGGGAGUGCGCCUGCUACAAGACAUCUAUCGCGCGGAGCCUGGGCGGCGCCGGGAAUGUCUGUACUACCUUGCGCUCGGCCACUACAAGAUGGGCAACUACGAGGAGGCGAGGAGAUUCAACGCACUGCUCCUAGACAAGGAGCCUUCAAAUCUGCAAGCACAGAGCCUUGCAUCCCUAAUCGACACGCGUGUCACACGAGAGGGGUACAUCGGCAUGGCGAUCGUCGGCGGUCUCGCGGCGCUCAGCACGCUCGCGCUCGCCACCAUCAUACGGCGAGCCUCUCGCAAAUAG